AUGGAAAACCAUAGAAAUGUUUCUGACUUUAUUCUUCUGGGACUUCCUUUUGGCCAUAAAAUAGAAAUACUUUGUUUUGUACUAUUCUUAUUCUGUUAUGUUGCCCUGUUAGCAGGAAACUUUUUGAUUCUCAUAUCUAUCCAAUGCAGCCCUCUGAUUAAUCAACCAAUGUACUAUUUCCUCAUCCACUUAUCAUCUAUGGAUAUCUGCUAUACCUCCACUGUUACGCCCAAACUUAUUGCUGACCUGCUAGUGGAAAGAAAGAUUAUUUCCUAUGGUAACUGCAUGUUCCAGGUCUUUACUAUGCACUUCUUUGGGGGUGUUGAGACUUUUGUUAUUACUGUCAUGGCUUAUGAUCGCUAUGUUGCCAUCUGUAAACCCCUCCACUACAUGCUUAUUAUGAACAGAACAAGGUGCCAUCUCUUAAUUCUAGGUGCCUGGGUUGGUGGGUUUAUUCAUGCCUUUCCUCUUUUCACUAUAGCAAUCAGUUUGCCCUUCUGUGGUCCUAAUGAAGUUGAUCACUAUUUCUGUGAUAUCUUUCCUUUGCUUAAGGUUGCCUGCACUGAUACUUACAUCAGUGGCAUCCUUAUAAUUACUUUUUCAGGCAUACUAUCCUUAGGUACCUUUAUUGUGUUAUUUCUUUCUUAUGGAAUUAUAUUAUUCACUUUAAGGAAUCAGUCUGCCGAGGGAAAACGGAAAGCCCUUUCUACCUGUUGGUCUCAUAUCACUGUGGUCAUCUUAUUUUUUGGGCCUGUCAUCUUUGUCUACCUUAGACCUCCGACUACAUUCUCUGAAGACAAAAUAUUGGCACUAUUUUAUACCAUCAUUGCCCCAAUGUUCAACCCCCUAAUCUAUACUCUGAGAAAUACUGAGAUGAAAAACACACUAAGAAAAGUUUGGUGUCAAACAUUACUUUCAAAAGCACGCAAAUAG